UAAUCCUUGAUUUACGACCACAAUUGGGGCCAGAAUGUCUGUUCUGUCAGAGCGUUUGCAGCGUGACUACUACUAUGAGACAACGCAGGAGCAAAACACAGCACAGAGAAACUUAGACAUUUAACAGUGGUUUAUAUACAAGACGUACAGAAAUAUACGUGGUUGGCAAAUACCUUACAAGCAAUCAAACUUCUUCUUAACUCUACACGGAGAACGCUGCAAUGAAUACCGGACACAAGGAGAGAGAAUACGCCCUCUCCUGGCUGAAAUUUAUAAACACCUCUUAAAGGAGUAAAAGACUUGUGUGGACCCCUUCAGAGUCUCAAACUGGCUAUACCAAUGCUGAUUCAUUCUCAUUGCAUCAGCCUUACAUUUCAUCAGCUUUACAGUUGCUUUUACAUUGGCUGGUCAGCUUUAAAUCAACACUAUCCUGACAUGUUCCUAAGCAAGAUGCGUGAUGGAUUACCUGGCUAGGCCUGGGGUUUUUGGCUUAAUUGCUGGUGUCACCUGUGGAGUAUGCUUGGGCUGGAGCAUACGAGCUCGUCUUUUCCGGCCAGCCAAAUCCAGAUUGACUAUGAUGGCCAACGAGCUGGGCAACGAAGCCAGUAUAAUGGGCGAAUCCGGAGAAUUCAAGAUGGUGAUCAUAGUCCGGAAUGACCUAAAGAUGGGCAAGGGCAAAGUAGCAGCCCAGUGCUCCCACGCCGCCGUUUCGGCCUACAAGCAAGUCCACCAUCGAAAUCCUGAACUUCUGAAGCAGUGGGAAUAUUGUGGACAGCCCAAGGUAGUCCUCAAGGCGCCCGACGAGGAGACCAUCGUCCAGCUCUUAAACGAGGCCAAAGUGCUCGGCUUGACCGUGAGCUUAAUCCAGGAUGCUGGCCGCACACAAAUAGCUCCAGGCUCCCGAACUGUCUUGGGCAUUGGGCCUGGUCCAGCUGAGAUGAUAGAUAAAGUUUCUGGUCACUUGAAACUCUACUGAAUGUGAAGUUGACAACGUAAAGGGUGUGAAAUCUGGUGAAUGAAUAUAAAACACAAACAAGAGAACAAGCCACCUCCCUCCCAAGUCCUUUCCUCAAGCAGUAAUUAUCAAAUGCAAUCCCGGGUUAUUUUGUCUACACGCACACACACACACACACACACACUGAUGUCUGAGAUAUCUUCGCCUAGGCUCCGCUUCCCUGUAACCGGUUAAACGGCUUUGCGUUUGCGCAAAUGCAAAAGCAGGUUGCAUUCUUCUCUGACUUUGGAUUUCUCUUGAAUCUCUUGAAAUCAAGCCUUUUGGAAAUCCGGAGGAGAAAAUGCUCAGAUAGGGAAGGCAUCCCUACAAAAGUUUCCAAAUAAAUGAAUUACACCGACAGGAAA